AUGCUCGCGCGGAAGCUCGCCUGCAAUCUCCGUCAUGCCAAUUCAGUAUCUAUCAUCUACUCGCGACAUAUCUCAACUACCGCUAGGAGACUUCAGCAGGCUACCCGCCUGGGCUUACCCGCGGACCUCCAAUACUUCCCGGACUUCUUCUCUAUACGCGAACAGCGUGCUCUGCUAGAUGUUGCGCUUCGGAAACUUGAUAUUUCGGAGAGGAGGUCGUUCAGGCUACGGCGGAAGGAGCUCAUGCGGACUCGUCCAACCAGCGGCACUACAGACGAUAGAGUGUCCGUCCAGUCACUAUUCCUGCCUGAUGAAUACUACGACUUCCAGGAGGGACACUAUGACGGUGUCAUCAGACGAUUUAGAGAGAUGCAUGUAUCGUCCUUGCGAUCAGAAGUUGCGGAGGACCUGCUGCCCGCCCUAGACCGUCUGGAAGCCAUCUACCCUAGCCCGAAUGUUCAGACACACCUUCUCCACCUUGCUUCCGACGGCGAAAUAAGUCCUCACGUAGACAACGUCGGAGCCAGCGGCUCGUGGAUACUGGGUAUAAGCCUAGGGGCGCCGCGCCUUCUCAAAUUAGAGAACAUCUCGAAUCCUGAGGAGAUUUAUACAUUACCACUCCAGUCCGGAAGUGUGUACAUCCAACGAGAUACGACACGAUUCGACUUCCAGCAUUCCGUUCUCCUGAACGGGCAAUUUGGCGGCAAGCAAUACAAUGGCGGGCAACGCAUGAGUAUCAUGGUCAGGGUGCGUCAUUGA